AUGGUAUUACUCCACCAACUGUCUUCCAAGAAGAAGAGGACCGCCUCUUCUCCCUUCGUCUCUCCUUUCCCGGCUGCCAAAAUCCCUAAACCAGACCAGCAGCAGACAUCGGCGCCGUCGUCCACGAGAGCAGCAGGCCGCAACGGCGACGCCCUAGCUUCAAUCGAUAAAAUGGCGUCGACUCUCGCCGAUGCCGGAUGCACGUUGAUCAAUCCACUAGGUCCUCCGUGUCUCCCCUCCGACCACCACAAGCUCCGAGCUCAUCUCAACCGCCGGUUUUCGUCUUCCGAUGGCGGCGGCGGCAGCGAUUCUUCUUCACUCCGUUCUGAUUUCAUGGCUGGAUUCUCCUCUUACAUCGAUUCUCGUCAAAAUCUUCAAAGAGUUCUUGCGCCCUCCGGCGUGAGAGGUGAGAGUUUGGUGCGGAAUCUGUUGCUAGUUCCGGCAAUCCAGCAGGAGCUUCAGAGUGUGCUUCUGGAGAAACUUCCUGCGUAUUUUGAUGAAAAUUCGGAACAGUGUGGAACCUCAUUGUCCCUGGAAGAUGAUGUUGCUAGGCUGAUCAUUAACCAGUUUAGGUGGCUAGAUUUCCUUGUUGAUCCCAAGGGAUUCACCGAGAAGCUCAUGGAAGUCCUGUCGAUUUCUCCCUUGCGUUUGAAGAAAGAAAUCAUUGGAUCACUGCCUGAGAUUAUAGGUGAUCAGAACAACGAGUUGAUGGUCGAUUCCCUCGAGCAAUUGCUUCGUGAGGAUUCUGGUAUCACUGUUCCUGUGCUUGAUGCUUAUUCCAAUCUUACUUUGGAUGAUAUGUUGCAAGACCAGGUGAUCACUACUGCACUGUCAUGCAUUAGGACGAUUGAAGGGGAGCAGAUGCCAUAUUUGCUCAGAUUUUUACUGCUCUCAGCAACACCAGUAAACGUCCGUAGAAUAAUUCAGCAGAUCCGUGAACAACUGAAAUUUGUAGGAUUAUCGAGUUCCCUUGCAAGUCAGCAAAGUAAGCUCAAAGGAAAAUUUGUUGUGGAUAACACAGAGGGUUCUAUUUUGGAGGCACUUGGAUCAAGUCUGCUAUUUAAAAAUAUGCUAUGUCAAGAGAUUUUGAAAGAACUGUAUAGCCUUCGGACGCCAGAAGAUUUCAAAGUCAUAGACAUAUGGCUCCUUGUGCUUAUAUACAAAAGUGGGGAGUCCAUGCAGAAAAGUGUUGAAAAGAUUUUAAAGAAAAAGAUUGUUGAUAAUUGUAUGUCGGAAGUUCCAAUUGACCAAUGUAUCUGCCAGAACAAAGGCUUGGUGAAGGAUUACUUCUCUUCAUUUAUUUCACUGGCGGAGUACUUAUUGGCUUCUAAAGAAACAAAAGCAAGAGACUUUGGCAAGCAUAUCUAUACCCGACUAUUUGAAGAGCUAGAUGAUAAUUAUUGCAGACAGGAAGUCCUUGGUGUACUUGUAACGCACGUUGGAUCAGGCGUCAGUUUCGAAGUCACUUCCGCUUUAGAGGUUUUGAGCGUGCUAGCCUUCAAAUACACUAGAGAUUUUAUUCCACAUUCUUCUUUCCUAAAUGGCAUCUUGGAUUACCUGGAGGGAUUUGGCACUGAAAAUCUUCACAAGGUUUAUGAAGUGUUUGGUCAAUUGGCAUUGUCUACCCAAUCUGAUGGUUCCUGUCAUGGAUCUUCCAUCGCUCAUGAACUUUUCAUGAUAGUACGGAAACAGAUAAGCCAUCCAAAUAUGAAGUACAAGAAGAUGGGUCUGAUAGGAGUUCUGAAAAUGAUCUCAUGCUUGGGAGAAGAAAACGCCUUCAGCCUUACAGCCUCUGCUGGGAAAUCAGACUCCACAGAGAUUUUGGAACUCUUAAGAGCCUCAUUGGACUCUUGCAAAAGUGUGCCCUUGCUUUUAGUCCUCUUUUACGAUGAACUGACUGCAAUGCUGGAGUCUAAAAAACUUCAUCCAGGAAUUAUGGACUGGAUAGGGAAACAACUCGUGGAGUUUGAAUCAACAUUUCUGGCUGAUCUGGAUGGUGGUCAGUUGCCUGCAGUGGAAACGUAUUGUGGUUUAGAAGGAGAGCUAUGGAUGAAUCUUGAUGGUGAUGCAUCUCCUGUUUGUCUGAGCAUUUUGCCAUUAGUUUCUUCUUCUGCAGAUUCUACCUCCUCGCUGCAGAUUCUUCCUGCUAACUUUCUCCUACUAUCAGCUUUUGAAAGGCUGACAAGUCAAGGAUCACUUUCUGGAAUUGAUGCUCUACUUGGCUGUCCCUUGCAUCUCCCAUGCUUCAGUUACUUUACUGCAGCUAGUUGGCAGUCUCUGUCAGUGAAGCAGAAGCAGACUUUGUGCCUUUCUCUUUAUUAUGCAGCUAAUUGGAUAAGAGAGUUGCUGAACGCCUUCUGCACACAAGUAGCUGGGCAAGAUGAAUGCACCAGCCAGGCCGUGAAGGAGGAGAUCGUUGUCAAACUGUCAAAGCGAUUGAGGAACCUUAUAUGCCUGGAGAGUUUAUUAAACCGUUCCAUGAAGCAACAUAAUUUGUCUCUACCUGAGAUACAUUGUCAUGCAGAAGAACCUGGAGUUCUAAACCAAUCAAAGAACACAGUACAGAAGAGGAACAAGCAGAAUGAAGUACAUUGCAGUGUCUCCCCAAAAAACAAAAAACAUAAGAGAAUGUCUAAAGACUCGACUAGUUCAGAUAUAAAUGGAAAACUUCGCCAGCAAACAUUAUUUGAUGUCCUUAAAAAGGCUGGAUCCACAGCAACCCAGGAAGCGACGGAUGCAGAUGCUUCAACUCCUUGUUCUAAGAGUCCAACGGUUAACUCAGCUGGUGAGGAAUCCCGGACCUCUAAGGAGCCUGUAAUUGCAGAAUUUUCUGCAGCUGCUAAGGGUCUGGUAUUGCAUAGAUACAAAUUCAGGCCUCUUCUAGUCCAGUGUUUGUCCCUACUAACUUUCUCAAAGAAUCAGGAAUCCUGUUGUUCAGAUCCUUCAGCCGAGUUGCCCUUGUACCUAUACCUUCUCCAAGAUCUUCACAGCAAGCUGGAUUACUUCAUUCCUCCUAAACAAUCAUUUCCCCCAAGGUGCUCGAGAUCCUCAGCUAGUUUCUCCAGGAUGACACUCCGAGAAUUCCUGAAUAGCAUUAGGCCUCUCUUUCCAUUUGUUAAGAGUCAUUUUGAUACAGCAGUCUCUGUUCUCAAAGAAGGGGAUGAAACUUGCAAAGAGCAUUGGGACGUUCAUUCUGCUUCGGCUGGCAAUCCUGAGGCGGCCAGUGUCAUACCUUCAAAGUAUUCAGUUUCCACUUCAGUAUCCAAGGAAGUCCUCAAAUGUUUUAGUAAGAUGAUAAACCUUCCUGAUAUUCAAAUGGAUAAGUCAAUUCUCUCGGAUCUACUUCAAGCCUUUCAGCCUGACAAUAUACCCUCAAGUGUUUCUUCUGGAAUACAACCUAUCCCUUCACCGGGGACGACAGAGUAUUUGUAUCUUGGGGCCUUUUCAUUUGUAGAAAAUGUGAUGGAUAUAGCUUGCUCAUGCUCCUUCACACUAGCUUCAGAGUCACUCUUCACUCUAGAAUCGAUAACCGCUUCUAUCAAGGCAUUGCUUGAAAGAUGGGAGAAGAAUGGUGAAAAGAGUCAACUAACGUCAAUGACCAGGCUCCUCAACGUAUUGCAUCAAAGAGCCAGUACUUUGGCUUGUAAGCUCCUACGACAGGAAUGGGAUAAUGGAAGUCUCGAGAAUGGCUGGAAGGACAAAGGAGAAAUAGUGCAGCGGAUGUUGCAGAUAUACUUGGACAAUAGUGACUCUAAAGCUAAUUUGCUGGAUGAGCUUGCCUGCUCUGUUUUGCCUCAGUUUUCUUCACCAAGUGAAGAUGAUGAGGAUCAUGGUUUUCCAUCUCUGUGCAAUGCGACAUUCCUUGUGUGGUACCGUGUCCUGCAUGAAGCAAACAUCACGAUCCUAAACCAAAAGGUUCCCAAAGUCUCUAAAGCUGGAGGAGCUGCUGCUGCUGCUCAGUCUGAAAUUGUCGAAAAGCGUUUGAUCGAUUUACGAAAAUCAGUAAAUGUACUGGUCUCCUUGGUUAACUUGUGCCGGUUGCAUGAUAAGGUAAACAUGCAUUCUAUGGCUGUAAAAUAUGGCGGGAAGUUUGUCGAUUCCUUCCUCAAAGCUUUCGACUACUUAGAGGCCCAUUUUCAAACACACAAUGACCUCAUAAUCAAACUGCUAAUGGAGUUUCAGAAGGGCACAAGAACAAUUCAGACUCUUUGUUCUGAAGCCAAGGGGAUGAAGCAAACUGCCGUGGCAUCCAAAAUUCCUGCCACGAAACGAUCGAUGGAGCGGUUCUUGUUUCGUGUCAAAGCUCUCCUUCUGACAACGUCAACAGGACGCACUUGCUGGAUUGGGAACCUAAAGCACAAAGACCUGGCAGGGCAGGUGGUGAGCUCGCAGGCGUAUGCAGAGCACCAAAGCAAUGACGUUGACGACGAAAACGACGAUAUGGAGAUGGAUGGCGCUCGUAACGAGGAUGAGGAAGUUGUGGCAGCUAGUGAAGAGGAAGAAGUAGGGGAGGCAGAGGUUGAAGAACCUGAAGCACAAUGA